AUGUUCGGACGAAAAUAUGCCCUUCUCAUCCUGCUAGCCCUGAUCGCUCUCCUUUCCACUGCGCUUGCAGCCUCCCCGGCCUCCUUCUGCAAGUGCACUUGCUUCACCAACAGCACCAUCAUCCACCUCGACGAUCCCUCGCCCUACAGCUCCAAGGGUUCCUCCAAGUCCGACUCGUCCAAAAGCUCUGGCGCAAGCUUCUUCUCGCGCGCGAAAGACUCCAAGAAGACUGGCCGGACAUGCAACGACUGCAACAAGAAAUUCUGUUUGGACUACAAUUUGCCUAUAUGCCACAACGCUAAGGAGGAGGACGUGUUCUCCGAGUGCUUCCAGAGAGACUCAGCCAAAGAUCAGGCAGUUGUCGUCAUAUUCAUCAUUGCGACUGUCAGCCUGCUCAUCUACGCUGCUGCGCGGCCCUAUGUCAAUCGCUGGCAGGAGAAAGUGAAGGAGAGGAGGACAUAUAUUCCCGUAUCUACUCAAGUGGAUCAAUGA